AAACGGAGAAUCUGCGGGAGUCAGUGCAAUCCGCGUCGCGACGCCCUUCGUUCUCACGGUCCGCACUUAACGGUGGAUCGAGGGCUCACGAGUCACGGGACGAUCCAGGACGAGAUCCUUGUGUUGCCGCUCGAUCAUUCACGUGGCACGGACCUCUCGCGAUCUCCUACUCCAGUGCGUGACGUCUCUUCGAAAGGAACGAAAGAAACGCCGAACAGAGAAAUUAUCAGAGAUCUUCGUCGAGACUUUUUCUGUGCAACGACCACGUUCCCGUGUGCACAGUUUACCGGUUCACAGUUCAUCCGGUGGUAGUUCCCGCGAAUUACGAGCGACCCUCGUGUGUCUCGCGGGCCCCGACCGUCGACGAAACCUAAACUCGUGAAUCGCAGUUCGACCAGCGUGACGUACAUUUUUUUCGAAUUUUAACGAAUGUUCUUUCCUGUUCCCUUCACCGAACUGCGCCGAUCGUGAGUGUUUCUUAGAUAGAUAAGGGCGAAGAGCAACGCUUCGUCACGUUGACUUUUGCCUCGGUACUUUCAUCGAUCGUUCCGAACACGAGCCGAGGUCGUUACAUUUUUUUUCGCAAUCACCUGCAUUUUCGGCGUGGACCCGGCGCGCCCUACACACCCCAGGAGGAACGCGACGUUCUCGUUCCCGAACCUGCCAGUGUCCUGUGAAAACAAACCGCCAGGACGUUGAUACUACGCCGGGGGAAUGUGUGUUUCCCGAACGUCCUCGGCGUGAUUAGAUAAUGUGUGGAAACUCUCGUUAACGUCACGUGCCGGCUAUCUGAUUGGUUACACUAACGGACAGCGUCUAGACGGAGCCCGGAAAAACCGAGAAACAGUCGACGUCGCUGCGGGAGCAGAAGAAAGAGGGACCUCGCCGCCAGGAGUGUCCUCGAAAGAAAUCCGUGGGCGAGAAAAGGGUUGAAGAGGGUGGACGAAGGAUCUCGUCGAAUCGCGACACGCUCGUCCUCGCCGAUCUGUGCAAAGAGGUGGACGAAAAAUCGUUUCCCGUUGGGUUGUCGGAUCUAGAGCGACGUUAUAUCACUCACGUUUUCUCCGGACGGAAUUAAGGGAACGUAAGAGACGGAACGAAGGAAUCAAGCCUGGCGUACAGACGAAGGAGGACGAAGAAUAAUGGAUCGCCGUGGCUCGGCCGCCGUGCGAUACAGCAUAUGAAAGAAAUAGGGGGCUAAUUUGAAAGUUUCAUUCCGUUCGCGGGUAUCCGAUAAUAACGCGGACGAUUUCACUCCGUCCGUUGAAAUGAAUCAGACCAGAUGCUCGUUCACGGGUCAUUAACCCUUCCGCCGCGUCUGUCGCGGCCGCGCGAAAUUAUCGCGCGGCGGGGCUGCUUCUUGCGGAGUUAAUUGCUUAUAAACGAUCCGUCGCGCUGAAAGGACUUGCUCGGGUGUCUCGGCCGCGAAACUUUGGAAAUGUGUUCGUGGGACGCGAGUGGUUCGGUAGUUGAUUGAGCCGUCGCGCCGCGGGGAGGUUUUUUUUAGCGUGGUCGACUAGCGUCAUAUAUUUUUGUUGAGUCGCGAUGGGAUGUUAUCGGUAAUUACUAAUUACGCUGAAGGGAACACGAACGAGCCGAGGACCCAGACAAAGGUAGAGGGAAAGAGAGAGGGAAGGGACGACAACAACGGUGAAGAUGAUAUUAAGGCAGAGGACUGAUUGAAACGAGGGAAAUGGCGGUUGUCGGGGUUGUUAGUGAAAUGAGUGCGACGCGGUUCAGUGUGUGGUUCGGCGUUGUUCUGUUCGUGGCUGCCAGCCUCGACCAAGCGCAAGUCCCAUAUACACCGAUCUACGUGAGCACGACGAGUCAAGUGGAUCUUUGGACAGAAACGACGACAGGCUGCGCCUGCAGUUUUAAUUCGUCCAGCAAAGAAUGCGCGUGUUGCGUCCCGACCGGAGGAUGCAGCUGUGGUGCAGCGUUGCCGGACAGAUGCGGUCAGUGCGGGCUGGAGGAACACUGCGCCAACAUGUGCAAUAUAACGCUGGACAGCGAGCAGUUAAUCAGCAAAUCGGGUCGUGGCUUCGGGCAAAUAAAGUCGCCGGCACUUGAAGGACCCUCGAGAUGUACAUACAGAUUCGUGCCGGACACUGGUCAGCGUGUUGAGCUACAAAUCUAUCGAUUGAUCAACAUCGGACGUCAUAACGGCACAGCGUGCGAGGGUGGCUGGCUUCAGCUGGAUGGCGGCGCUCAAGUUUGCGGUUCCAACGAACGUUUUAUUCGGCCGGUCGUCCUGUUUUCCGACAAACAGGUCCCGAUCUUCCACAUGCAAAUAAAUGAGAACACCACGAGAUCCCAGUUUUUGGCGUACUUCAGCUUCUCGUCCAAAGUGAGCGAGUCCGUUGGCUUGCCUGUAAGAGGCGGACAUCCGGUGAACAAUACUGAGUGCGACUGGACGUACGAUGACACCGACUGCAUCCACGGAUGUGUGCUAGCCAGUCCGGGGCAUCCUGGUCUAUAUCCGCCCAACAAUCGAUGUCUGUACCUAAUUACUUCCAGUUCGCAAAUGUCCAUCUCAAUUAACUUCACCAGCGUGCUUCUACCUGACAAUCACUGCACCAGCGACUAUAUUGCCGUGUACUCGGGUCCAGCAACGACGGGUCGCCUUCUGAAGAUGCUUUGCGGUAGAGAGAAAACAUUGUUGAUGUACACCGGGCAAAAGCUCUUGGUCGAGUUCAGGAGCGGUCCUGAAGUACCGCUCUUUGAUUACAACGGCUUCGUAGCGAACCUCAAUUUCAUAGGAAACACGACGGAAGCCCCACCAAUGACGACAACUACAGAAAACGUCAAUAAAAGCCUGGACGUAGUGAAGUCGAUCGGUUACAACGUACACCACAGCAACCGGGACCUCCACGACCAGCGGAAGGACCAGGGGUCCCCGUCGAACAGCUGCGACCUGGAGGUCAACGGCGAAGAGGAUCGAACCGGUCGCUACGACACCAGAGGGAAGCCCAAGUACCCGACGUGCCGGCUCGUGCUGCACGGACGUGCUUACGACACCGGGCACGUUUCGUUGACCAGUUACAAUCUCAGGUCGCAGUCGUGCCAAUCGUCGAUUGAAAUAUACGACGGCCACCACGAAGAAGGGAUACUUGGCACCGCGAAAUCUCUCGAGAGAAUCUGCAGUCCUGCGCAGAGGCUUCCUGGGGAAUUCGUGCAACAAGAUACGUACGUCGAGCCGAAAAGGUACUCAUCCAACGGCAGAAAUAUGACGGUCGUGCUGAGACGAGCCCCGAAUAGCUCUGCCGACGAGGAAUAUAUGGACGUCUCUUAUUACUUCCACAACGAACGCGAGGGCGGCACUCAACAGCCGACCAGAGUGUGCGACGUCGAAUAUUACGGAUUGUCCUCACCAGUGAACGGUUCCGUAGUGCAUCCGGAGCCUCACCGAUUACCCGCCAUGAAGGGGCCAGUAAAAUGCAGGCAGCACUUCAUCCCGGAGCCUAAUCAGUCGGUCAUCAUCCGCGUGGAGAGCAGCUCGGAGCGGAGGCCAAACAACCCUUGCGAAACCAAGUGCGGGGACAGCGGCUGUCACUGCGUCAGCAGCGAGUCCCUAGAGAACAUGGACCACCUUCUGCUCGUCUCUGAAACAGGUCAUAUCGUCACCUGUUUCUGUGGAAAUUAUCAGGACUGGCUGCCUGUCGGCAUUCGCAGCUGGAUACCGGUGUACAUCGAGUGGUCGAGGUUCUCGGAGGCAGGCCUCAAUUUCCGUGCGGCUUACGAGUUUAUCAACGACACUUACUGCGGCUAUCACAUGACGAGCAUGCCGGAAGGCGAGGUCGUGAACGGCGGUGACCUAGCCAGCACCGGAUUAAAGCUCAAUCAGUAUUAUCACCAGAGGUGCACGUGGAUCUUGAAGUCGUUGACGGAUCGACAGCUGACUAUCGAAGUGAAAUCUACGCAGAGCCGUCCCUGCACCGCCUGGAACCUGACGAUACACGAAUACAACAAAACUGGAGACCCGGCAGGACCCAGAUUACACACAUUCUGCUCGCGGGACACCCACAAAACUUUCACCCUCCCAUGGAAAACAAACAGUGUGGUGCUUAGAUUACAAGCUUUGGGAAGAACGGCGCCCGCUUACACGAUAAAAUGGAGGAGCCAAUCGGUAAUCGCAAACACCCACAAAAGCGCACCGUCACCAGCACCGAAUCAUGUGCUCAGUUCCUCGACCGGAAGUGGACCUCAACGAACACUGAUUCCAGCACUCACCACGAUAUUUCUUAUCUACGCGGCCGGUUAUUAAGUGAACGAACUCCAUGCAUUGUUCCCGUAAACGUUCCUGCUCUAUGAGAAACAAACUACACGAACUAACCCAGGGAUUGUUUUGCAUAUGUACAUAUGUGUACUACGUUUAAGUAAAACGUUGAUGCUCGUGUUUUCUUCGCGCUAAACCUACGGAGCACUAAACCAAUCGGCGUUGUCUGGCAUCAAAAUGACAGCAUUGUAUUUAUUUAACUAUUAAAUUAGAAACUUUCACGAAUAUAUCGGAAUUUUUCAGACCUUUGUAUGUCUAAAAUAAUAGGAAAUCAGGCCGGAAAUGAGAAAAGGCAGAUCACGUUAGCGAUAAACCAUAUUAUCGGCGCAGAGUUAAAGUACCUUCAUAGUUUGAUGAAUAAUUGUAAGAUAAAAAAAUGAUCAGAAACCAGCAGCGGUAGGUUUAGUGUAUAUAUAUAUGGAAGAACGCGCUACUAAACGCUUAAACAAUCAGAUAACCGGAGUGAUCAAUCCUAACGGAGCCUUGAUAGUCAUAGAAUCGAUAAUUAUGAAGCGUAUCCAUAGCGCUGGCAACAGGUUGUCUCUAAAUUGUCGCACUCGAACGCAGAUACAACCGUAAUUAUCAUUAUCAGUUUGUCAGACCAAUGAAUACGUGGACUUUCUGUAACAUUCAUUCUUUCUAGGAAAACAGUAAAUGAUAUUUUUCAUAUGAUGAAGAAUUUCGUUUGUCAUUACAUUCUUUUCUCAAUUAUCUGUAGUCGAUCCGGGCUCAAUAUAAUAAAACUAAAUACAGUUAGAAUCGUUAAUUGCAUUCCACUCGACAUUGUUCAAACACGAGCAUUGGACGCCGAUGGGAAAUAAGAAUUCCAAAGCAAUUCGAACGAAAUCUCUGAACGAUCCUCGCGGAUCGUGGGAGACACGUUAUGAUAAAACUGCGUUUGACGUCACAGUAUAUGGCAAAUGCAAUUUACUCGCGUCGAGAUCCUCCAGAUGAUCGCGACAAUGUUAACGAAGAUCGACCCUAGAUCGACAUCGGCUCGAAUCUUGGAAUUCAAUACUCUAGUCGAACUAUAUAUAUAAAUAUAUAAAUAUACGAAUUACGGAUAAAAAAUCGAGAAGAGAUAUUAUAUACUACGAAUCACUCGGUGUAUACCACUCGUUUUAGCUCUAACUCUAAUAGACCGUGUACAUAUUAUACAUACGUAUGCAUAUACAUAAAGAUACACGCCGGGUGAUACGUCUACGAGGAGAGGCGUAAAUGUGUCUGUCAUUUCGAAAAUAGUGACAAUCUUCCUAGAACACGAGGGCAUACGUCUUUAUAGAAAAUAUACACGAAUGCAACAUUAUUAUUUCAACUUGUUCUUUUUAUAUGAUCGAACACACACACACCGAGCAAUUUUUAUAUAAAAUUACUAUAAAUCUUGAUUCUCUUCGAUAAUUGUAAACAUUUAUUUUCACUUGUAGCAUAAAAAUGCGCGCUAAAGCUGCGAAGUCCGACUGCGUUGAUUUUUUUUUUUAUUUAUCAUCGAUAAGCCUGAAACGUUUCGAUCCACUAUAGAUACAGAAAAAUCCACGAUCUAAUUUCUGAUGCUCCUAUGACCUUACGGCGAUCAAUUGUGAGAGAAACAAAAUGGUGUAAGCACGCACAAGCCGAGGCAGACAGAUUUCGUGCGAUCCCUUCCGGACGUCUCGAUCCGCGCACGCAUAUAAAUUAUAAAUAUAGCGAGUAAAACCGACGAGGAAAGAAAAAGAAUGAAAAUACGCGAUGCACGGAUUUGAAGUAGCGAGAACCACACGUCACCUCUCUCAUGCAAAAUGCCAAAGUAAACGUGUAAGAAGUUAUACAAUUAUGGUACAUAGUUCUUGUACAUACGUAGUAGAGCAAGGUAGGCUUUGUACAGAAUAUCACGGAGUACUGUUAAGAGGUCGAAGUUCAUUGUAUAAAUUAUGCGAUAAUUUAUUGUAACCAAAGGUGGGGGGGGGGGCGACCCGGCGGAUGGAAACAGAUUGUAUUUUAACGAACGAGCUUCGAGUGCGAUUCGAGUGCACUCCUCGACUAAUUGUUACCGCGUUCUACCGGAAGUCCGAGGACGUCCCUUCUUCCGCGUAAGAAACGUUCGAUGCGAGACAGUUAUGCAUGUUACGAAGGCGGAACUAAGCAAAGAUUGUUACACGGCCCGAAAGUGGAAAGAAGAAUGCCUUCCGCGACGGAGAAGAUGUAUCAGAAGGACUUCCGGUUUACGCGACUGAUUGUUAGAUUAAGCCGAAAGUAAGAGCUAGGACGUGAAUGUUUGAUGUACGUAUCGACUCGGACAGCAUUCGAUUAAAUUUAAACGACGAGCGGAAUAAUCGAGUUCACCUGCUCGAAGAACCAUCCAUCGAUGCGAACGUUUCCAUCGAUUCCCGUAAUUUUGUAACGCGAUUGCCGCGAUUAUUUAUACACCGUGUUAGGAAUAAUAUCCUCCGUUCCAACCACUUCUCUUGGACAAGAUGUUACACUUUGCGCGUGUUCCUUUUCUACUGUACAAUAACAUUGCAUGAGAUGGGGAUCUAAUCAAGGGUAAUCUCUCCGUUAUAUCAUAAAUUCGGUUUGUGCAUACGGAAUUUUUAACGUCGCUCGUUUCCAUCCAGAGAUCGAGUAUUGCUUCGAAAACGUUUGCAAAUGAGACUCGGAUUUUUAGACCGAGGUCUAUAAACAGUGAAGGAUUUUAAUAAUCCGUCGUUCUUAUUUCAUUCGUUGGACCUUGUUUGAGCCGAAGGAUAAGGUGUUACUCUUAUCCGUUUUGCUGCAACGUAACGCAGUUCUGUUGAGAGACUUUAAUGCUUGUUAAGAGGGACACAUAUGUUAUAAUUCUCGCGUUAACGCGGAAUCAGCUGGAUCAUUAUGAACCUUCAACGGUGCGAGUAAAUAUUCCUCCUCGAACGUUCGCGUUCGAACUUAACAGAUUCUUACCGAAUAUUUUGUUUGUCUAUGAGGAUAGAUUUUAUUACAAUGUCCGCUGGCACAUAUUCUUCGAAUACGUAAUUUCGAACGAUCAGUUUACAGUAAUCCAGCGGGACGAGCUUCCAAUGCGUAUUUUUUAUUCCGAAACGAUUUUAGACUUAAUUUACACUAGCUGAUAGAAAGACUGACUUUCCGCUCCCCCGAUUGUAAUUUGUAUUUAUGAAGGCUGGUAAUGAUCGGACACGGUGAAAUGCGGAAGAUCGAAGUCUGACUUCGUUGGCAGUUAAAGAUAUUAAAGUUUGUAUGAUAAGCGGACAGUCUCGACUGUUCCGCGAGCCACUUUUCUGCAACCUCGUCGAAACAGAGUUGAAAGUCACGAUGUAAUUAACUGCACCGUAUUGAAAAUGGGUGACACGGAAAGAAAAGAAAAAAAGAAACGCGAAAAGUUAUCAGUCGAAUGGUCGCACAUCUUUUAAUACAUUGUAAUACUAUUGUCACCCGCGGAAACUCGUAAUUUCAAUGGCUUGUGUUCGAAAUCGGUGAAACUGUUUCUCGAAAUGCUAUUGUUAGUUUUCAGGAGGAAGAGCCAAUGUUAACCGCUAACGCAAAGCUAAUUCUUUCUCACGUUACUCGACGGCGUGUAAUUCACAACGAUUGUAACACGGUUUGUUCCUUAAACGAAUGUACCGGUUUUGCACAAGGCAUGUCUAACUAAGGAAGAAGAAAUACAUGUUACAUGUAUGUACUAGCCGCGUAUAUCUAAGUCACAAUAAAUAGUCAAUUGUUUCAUAUAAAGUACGAAUAAAAUGAAACGAAAACCAAA